AUGUUUAUUCAGGACUUUCAAUCAUUGGUUUUUAAAGCGGGAUACGAUUAUCUCAAGCGUGGUGCUGUAUCUAUGGAAAUAAUAAGAAAGCUAAACUCUAAGAUCUUAAACCACCAGCCGAAAACACUGGCAGAUGCAUUGGAUGUCUUGUCGUAUGAACUCCUGUCAAUAACCCAAAAAUUAGCUCAAACAUACGCUUUAAAGUUGUCUUUGAGUCAUAUCAUAUACUUCGAUGGUAGUACAUUGGAAGUAUUCGACGAGUUCUUCAACAGACAAGACACUGGCAUUAAAGCAUUAUCUCAUCGUGAAGCUUGGUAUCAGUCGCAUAUUUGGUCUAUGAUUGAGUCAUAUUUUGACAAGUUGAAGGAAGUUGAAGCAGCCAUUGGUGAAUCAGCUAGUUUAGGUAGUAAACGUCGAAUGAACAAAAACCGCUACAUCUCUUCCAUCACUUCCGCACCUCGUUUGGAAUGCAUUAGUCUGUCUUCGGUCAAUCCCAAGAAUUUCGCCUCUAACGAAUGUCCGAGCCAUGACGCUGACCUGGCGAGAGCCGAGGUUUUCAAAAUGAAAACUGGUUUGUUGGUGGUGAAGAACCACGAUAAAGAAUUAGUAAAGAAGUACCCCCAUCCCUUGAGAUUGAUUGACGGUGAGCACACAUCUGAAGCAACAAAGGAUGCCCGAAAUGUCAAUAUGAGAGCAUCUGAUGAUGAUGAUGAUGAGAAGAAGGAUUUGAUUGGAAGGAGAAUUGAUUUAAUCCAACUUGUCGAAGGGUCUGACAUAGAAAUGUGUAGCUCAGAGUGGAAGAAGCCAGCUACAACAGCAAAGGUUAUUGAACAACAGCGAAUUAAAAACAUUUGUACGAAUAGUGCAAUAUUACAUAAUCUCUCUAAACUUGUUCAUCAUGAUAACUUGUCCCUUUUGGGCAUGGACUGGGCCGGUUUCGUCGGUGUUAUGUUUACUCUUACACAAGUAUCUGAUGCACAUUGUGUCAAUAUCCUUCCCAAUAUUGACAAUCAACUCUUUCCUGCUCCUUUUUUUUUCGCUUAA